AUGCCUGCUUCUGCUUCCACAAAUCUUGAUUCCUGUCCUCCUAGAAGAUCUCCAAGGCUCAAGAAGAUUCACAUAAUAUAUGAUGAAGAUUCUGAUAGGGAUUCUUCUACUUUUAAGCGGGUCAAAACUGAAGUCACUGAUUCUGAAGAAAUUGCCUCUCCUUCAACCUCAGAACUAAGUGUUGAUUCUGUCAGCAACAAGGAUGGCGAACAAGAUUGUCACGAUGUAUCUCUCAAGGAUCUCAGAGCUCAGUGUAAAGCUAAGAAUCAGAAGAUUUCAAAAGUCAAGUUGGAAGGAAGUGGCAUUAAGAAUGAGGCUAAAAUAAAAGAGGAAGUUGAUCUUGAUAAGCCUCUUAUUGCGUUGAAACAGAAGAGGCCAAAAACAUCUCCUGCUAAAGCAAACAGAAAGAUGGAAGCACUAGCAUCUUCUCCAUGUGCCGCAGAAGUGGAAGAUACAACAUCAAAGGGAGACAAUACUCUUAGUCCUGCACAGAGCUCCCCAUUCAAAGCUACAAUGCAUGACACAACAUCAGAGAAGUUUGGAAGGAGAGCUAAAGAUCUGGAUCAGUCUAAAAUUGCUAUUAACUGUACUGAAGAAAUAGAUGGGGAGCAAAUUUGUUGCACUGAAGUGAAAAACACAGAUGGAGCUCUACUGGGCUGUGGAAAACCUGAUGUUCUAUGUGAAAUAAAAAUAGAAGAUAUGGAUUACUCUGAGGGAUUUGGAUCUCCUAGCUGUUCCAUGAAGAACUUUGAGCAUUUAUCUUUUGAGCUGCAACAGGAGCUAAUGGAGGGUGAUGAACAUAUACCACAGUCUUGUUUCAUGAACCAACCAAAUCAAUUAGCCGAUGUUUCUGAUCAUUCCAAUGAACAAACCUGCAGUGUCAAAGAAAACAGUUUUGAUGAUAUUACAGCUGAAAAGGCAGCUGAGAUUGUUUCUCCGUUGGGUAUCAUAGAUGAAGUGAGUAAUCAUCAGAAAACGUCUGAGAAUAUAUCUAAUUCAGAUGUGGAUAAAUCUUCUAUUGGGAAUGGAUUCUUGGCUUGUUCUUUCAGUCAGUCUUGCCAUGAUUGUACCGAUAAUGAUGAGUCCUGGAAUACUGGAGUUGCUCAUGGGAAUGAACCUGAAAGUGUAAAGAUUUUGGAAGAGCUGUCUCCUAUUGAUGAGUCUAGCACAGAUAUGGUGUCUCCACCUAAGAACGUUCAAUCAGAUUUAUGUGGAAGGACAGAAAUGAGUUGCACUUCACUUGAGGAGGUCGUGCAGGUGCAGGGUGAGUUCCAAUUGGAUUCAAUAGUCUGCUGCGGUGUAAGACCAAAGCAUAUGUUACUAGAUAUGGAAAUUGGACAUACAUCCAGUGAUUAUACAUUUUCCUUUGACAAGACUCUUGACUUGGCUCAGCCUGUCAAUUUCGUUGCACAAGAUGGAAGGCUAGAAAGUAUAGUAUAUGAUGUUCUGAACAAUCAUGCACAGAGGAUGACAUCUGAAAAUAGAUCUUCUGUUGGACUUCCAGAUACUGCUGUGAUUCAGAGCACAGUUGUAGACUUCAAUGGUAACUGUCCUGAAGAUAAAAUGGCUUCAGAUAAUAAAAUCUCACUUCCAGUUAAUGUGGAGUGGCCAUUGAAGGAUAAGUUAAAUUCUACAGAUUAUGGCAUUCGUACAUCUGUUAAUAAUGAAGGACCAGAAGAAGAAUUAGUACUUCAACAUCAGUUAUUCCAGUCUUGUACUGAUAUGUUAAAUCCUACCGGUGUCAUGCCAGGGAUCUCUAAUGCUGAAGAAUCACAGAAAUUAUCUGCUGGAGCCCCAAAUUCCUCUGCUGCCUCUCUGGAAACUGAUGGGCAAAUUAAGAAGUCAGAACUUUUAAUUGAUGAAGAAUCGAUUGAAGAACAUGCUCCAAAGAAAUUAUUGUCCAAGAGAAAGAUAAUGUCACCAACGUCUCAAGAGAAGCUUUGCAAUGCUCUGACUGGUAUUGAUUUGUGUGAUGGAGUUAGACUGAAGAGGAAAAAUGUUCUUGAAGAUUGUGACAAAACUAGAAUAUCAUUACCUCAGCCAGCACACAAGCAAGACAGAUCAUUGUUUAGCACAGAUAGGAGACUUAGGGGCAGGACUUCCGUCUCUCCUACAAGCAAAGGAGUUCUCAAGUCAACAGGAUCCCCACCCCAUCAACAGACAACUUGUUCCUGCAUGAGAAGUUCGUCCAUGGUCUUGGACACUGAGAAAGCUGUUGAGUUUUCUCAAAGACAGAUGCAUGAUGUAGAAAACAUAGCUGCAAAACUUAUAAGGAGCUUGAAGCACAUGAAAAGUAUAGUGGAUGAAAGUUUGUCGUCAGAAGCAUAUUCUCUACUUCCUAAUUUUAACAUUGCUGAGAUCAGAGCAGCCUCUGAGGAUGCAUUAGAAGUGGAGAAGACUACGAGAAAAUGGUUGUCGAUAAUGAACAAAGAUUGCAAUCGCUUUUGUAAAAUACUGAGCCUAGCAAAGAAGAACGUUGUUUCACAUCCUGAAGCGCCACGGAAACAAAGAAAGAUAAGUUUUGCAGAUGAAACUGGAGGAAUGCUCUGCCAUGUUAAGGUUUUUAAGGAUGGACAAACCAAUCUUCUUUCUGAAUGCCAGAGUGAUUUAUAAACGUACUAAGAGUCUGUUGGCACCAAGAAAUUUGAUCGAGAAAAGCAAGCUUGCUGACAAUAGAAUCAAACAAGCCGCUUAGUUGAACCACAACAACUGGAGAAAGUUUCCAUUCACUGUAGAACACAAAUAUAGGAGCUAGUGCAUGUUGAAUGCAGUCUGUAAUUUGCUGUAAAGUGAUUGAUGGCAUUGUUGUGGCAACUCAGGCAUUGUAUUAUCCUUGUAUGUUUAGAUCAAGAGUCCAUGUAAAGCGGCGGUUAUCAGAAUUGUUUGUUGAGAAGACUACAACUAAUCUGUAAACAAGAAUUGACCCAUGUAAUGUGUAACACAAUUAUUGGUUUUUUGGUGUUCCAAGAUAA